AUGGAAGAGUUUAGAAGGAAUGUGGAUUACUGUGGCCUAAGUGACAUGGGGUAUGAAGGUAAUAAGUUUACUUGGUGCAACAAUAGAGAGGGGCCCUAUUUUACCAAAGAGAGAUUAGAUCAUGCCUUGGGUAAUAUGGAGUUGACUAGGAGAUUUUCUAACUGCUGCAUACAGGCUCUUGCUACGUAUUCAUUUGAUCACAAUCCUAUUGUGAUGCAUCUAAGGAAGGGAGGUAGAAGGUAUGUCAGUGAAGGGGGUGUUAGGGAGAGGAUUUUCAGAUAUGAAACUUCUUGGAAACUACAUGAGGAAUGUUCUAAGAUUGUUGCCAACUACUGGUCCCCUCAGGUGCUGCAAAGAGGGUCUCACUUAUGGAUGUCUCAUAAAUGUCUUGUAAAUUGUAAAGAAGCUCUUGUGAAGUGGAGUAGAACCACCCUUAGACUACACAGAAAAGAAACUCAAGUAAAGAUGCAACAUCUGGCUAAUCUACAAGAGUCCAAUACAAGUACCAGUUAUGAGAUUAUUAAGGAAGUACUAUUGGAAAUUUACAAGUUACUUGAAGAGGAUAAUGCUAAAUGGAAGCAAAGGGCAAAGCAAACUUGGCUCAAAGAUGGAGAUAGAAACUUAAAGUACUUUCACAGGUGUGCUAACUAG